AUGCGACCGCCGAUCGGCAGUGAGUGUCAUGUGGUCUCAUAUUGUCAGACUGAAAUGCAUAAAUUGUGUAACGAGUGCACGCUGCGUGAUCGAUCAGCUGCACUUCAUUCGUCAGCAUGCUGUUCGAAUAACAGUGGUGGCGAGAAGAAGCAGUCCGCUAAAAGUGACACACGUGUGCUUCACUUCGAUCUCAAGCAUGCAUUUUUUAUAUCUGUGCGUUGUGACUGA